AUGUCGAAGUUAGGUGAGUUCUCCUUGACAGAUGAGUCUUCACGCCCGGGCGAGUUUCUGCCUGCAGGAUGUGGCUUGCCGUUGAAGUUUUUACCUCCUGACACAAAAGAUACUGUGGUUUUCAAUGAUGAGGAGUGGAAAGAAGGAAUUUCUAUGUGGUCUAUGUGGCAAUUUUCUUUGGUUGGUCAGGUUCUUGGAUUGAAUGUCAGGUUCAAAGCAAUGGAGAUUUAUGUUAAGAAAAUAUGGGCUAAUUUAGCCACUCCAGAUAUCUUCAUUCUAAAACUUGGAAUUUUCUUGUUUAAAUUUAAAAACAAAGAUGAGAUGAGUGAGAUCUUAGAAAAUGGCCCAUGGUUUUUUGGAUCUCGUCCGCUUUCUUUAAAGCCUUGGUCAAUUGGUGAUGAUUAUGAAAAAAUUAAUGACGGCAUAUAUCUUGUUUGGAUUCUUCUACCAGCUUUGAAGCUUAACUUGUGGAAUGCUAAAAUGCUGUUGGUCGUCCAAUUACCAUUGAAGCUUAACUUGUGGAAUGCUAAAAGUAUAAGUAAAAUUGCAAGUGCUGUUGGUCGUCCAAUUACCACAGAUAAACUUACAGCUAAUAAGCAAAGAUUAGCUUAUGCAAGAGUCCUUGUGGAAACAACAGCUACUCCUGAUCUCCCAAAUAAUUCAAUGCAUAUGCUUAAUAUAUCACAAAGGUCAGAUGGGAAGGAUAAAGCUUCAGUUGUAAGCUUGUUUGUGCAAGUUUCUCAGCAAAUUGGAAUGGUUGCACAGUCUGGUAUAAUCCUCAUGAUGUACAAGGAGAGCAAGUAUGCAGAAUACCACAAUUUUCAGGGUUGCACAGUCUGGUGCAUGGUGUACAUGCACAACAUACUGAUCGUAUGCAGAAUACCACAAUUUUCAGGGUUGCACAGUCUGGUGCAUGGUGUACAUGCACAACAUACUGAUCCUGAAGCUUUACUGGAAACUAAGAUCAAAGAUAUCUUAUUGCCAGGAAUUACUAGGAAAAUUGCUAAAACUUGGAACUGGAUGUCUAAUGUGAGAAGUUUAAUUAAAGCUAGAAUUUUGAUCCUAUGGAAUCCUAAUAUGUUGGAUAUACAAUUGAUUAGUUGUACUGAUCAAAGUAUAACAUGCAUAGUGAAAUCUUUUGAUGGUAAACUAGAUUGUGCAAUUUCCUCUAUCUAUGGAUUUAAUCAUCUGUAUGCAAGGAAAGUAUUAUGGUAUGAUCUGAAGUCUAUUCAUCAAACUAUUGGUAGUACUCCUUGGCUAUUAUGUGGGGACUUUAAUGCUAUUACAAGCAAUGAAGAGAAAAUUGGAGGAAUCAUGCUCACUGAUUCUGAUACAGAGGAUUUUAGAGCUUUUAUAAAUGACUGUCAGCUUGCUCAUUUGAAAACCAUUGGUCAAGUUGAAUUUCUUGUGCCAAAAAUUUCAGAUCACUCUCUUGGUCUCAUUACUGUUAGUGAAGAAUAUUCUCAAGGCAAAAGACCUUUAGAAUUUUUUAGGAUGUGGACAAAGCAUGAUUGUUUUCUCCCUACAGUUGCUAAUGCCUGGCAACAAAGGAUUAAAGGGUGUGUCAUGUUCUCAGUUUGCUCAAAAUUGAAAAAUCUGAAGAUUGCACUGAAGGAUAUUAAUAGGAAAUUCUUCUAUAAUAUAAGAAAAGAAAUGCAUUUCAAAAUACAACACCUUGAAGGAUUGCAUCAUAAUAGAGUUAUGCUUCUCUAUAAUAACUUGGGACAAAGACUAACGGAGGGAGAUGAUAUUGUAAAUGAAUUUAUCACUCAUUUUAAAAGUCUGAUGGGGACUGCUGUAGAUACUACUCCUCCUAACAUCAAUAUUAUUCAUUCAGGACCUUGCUUGGAUGAUUCUCAAGCCAAUAAUAAAGCUCCUGGUCCAGAUGGUUUCAAUGUUGCAUUUUUUAAAUCUUCUUGGAGUGUGGUUGGAGAUGAAGUUACUCAAGCUGUUGAUGAGUUCUUCAAAACUGGCAAACUACUGGGAUUAGAACAGUUAUGGGCUAUUGUAAAUGAUGCUCAUAGUGCUUUUGUUAAGGGUACGCAAAUUACCAACAACAUUUUAUUUGCUCAUGAGCUGAUUAAUAAUUACAACAGAAAAUCAGUUUCCCCAAGAGUAAUGCUUAGCAUUGAUAUCAAAAAAGCAUUUGAUACUAUCAGCUGGAGCUUUUUAAAGGAUAUGUUAAAGGGUCUGGGCUUUCCAAACAAGAUGGUGGACUGGAUGAUGACCUGCAUUUUCUCUGCUCGAUUAUGGAACUUUGCUUCAGCUUUAAAGAACAUAUGGUAUAUUCAUAUGAACAAGGAGCUUCUUUGCUCGAUUAUGGAACUUUGCUUCAGCUUUAAAGAACAUAUGGUAUAUUCAUAUGAACAAGGAGCUUCUUUGGAUAAAGUGGAUACAUGGCAAAUACUUGAAGAACAGAGAUAUAUGGCAUGUCCUGAGAAUCGAGAUCACUUAUUCUUUGAUUAUGAUUAUUCUCAGAAUAUCUGGAAUAGGAUUAUGAGUUGGCUCAAAUUUAGAUGGAGAUCAUGUAAUUGGAGCUAUCUCUUGAAUUGGUUCAACAACUGUCUAAGAGGCAAGAGAUUUAAGAAGGGGAUCAAGAGGAUGACUUUCUCGGCAACUUUAUACAAGAUAUGGUAUGAGAGGAAUGCCAGAAUUUUCUUACAGAAAUCAAAGGGGAUUGAGCAGCUGGUAAAUGAGAUUAAGGUGGACAUUUUGGUCUUAGUUCUCAAUGGUUCUAUACAACCUGAAAAUAGAGAAUGGAUUAACUUUUUGUAG